AUGGCGAUUUUUAGUGUGUAUGUGGUGAACAAAGCUGGCGGCCUCAUCUACCAGUUGGACAGCUACGCGCCCCGGGCCGAGGCAGAGAAAACUUUCAGUUACCCCCUUGAUCUCCUGCUCAAGCUGCACGACGAGCGUGUGCUGGUUGCCUUCGGCCAGCGCGACGGCAUCCGGGUGGGACACGCCGUGCUGGCCAUCAAUGGCGUGGACGUGAACGGCAAGUACACGGCCGAUGGGAAAGAGGUGCUGGAGUACUUGGGCAACCCUGCCAAUUACCCGGUGUCCAUUCGAUUCGGCCGACCUCGCCUCACCUCCAAUGAGAAGCUCAUGUUGGCCUCCAUGUUCCACUCGCUGUUCGCAAUCGGUUCCCAGCUGUCUCCAGAACAGGGCAGCUCAGGCAUUGAAAUGCUGGAGACCGACACGUUCAAACUGCACUGCUUCCAGACACUGACAGGGAUCAAGUUUGUGGUGCUGGCAGAUCCUAGGCAAGCUGGAAUAGAUUCUCUUCUCCGAAAGAUUUAUGAGAUCUACUCAGACUUUGCCCUCAAGAAUCCAUUCUAUUCCCUGGAAAUGCCCAUCAGGUGUGAGCUGUUUGACCAGAACCUGAAGUUAGCCCUGGAGGUGGCAGAGAAGGCUGGAACUUUUGGACCUGGGUCGUAGGCUGAGCCCGCAAUGGAUCCCCCAAGUUUUGAGAGAUCCUACAGCAGGGAUCCUGCUGUAUCCACUCCAGUGGAGAUCCCCGCAGCCUCGUUAGUGCACUUGAAAAUGGGAGGGUGCCAAGCCUGAUGACAUGUACCGAUCCCCGAGCCUUAAAGCCAUGCUCUCUGCCCUCCUGUAUCCACCGUGAGCCUACUUCCCAACUCUGUACAGGUUUAUUUAUGGAGGGAGUAGGCCCAUAAAUGCUUAAUAAACAUUCCUUUGAUCUGUG